AUGGGAAGAUCCGCAAUGCAUCCCACCGGCCGAAAGCGUCGGGUCACCACCUGCGUGCCCUGCUACACUAAGAAACAGAGAUGCAACCGCCAGUACCCCUGCAAUCAUUGCACCCGACGUCGACGACCCGAGGAGUGUGUGUACAAGUCUACUAUUGCCGAACCCUCAAACAAUUCGCCUCGGGAAUCUAUCGGAGGUCUGGAGCCCCGGGAGCCAACUAGUAUUGAGUUACCAGAAGGGUUUGCCGAGAUGUUGCCGUCAGAGGCGCAAAAUGGCUCAUCUAAUCCACACUCUUCUCUGGCUAAAUCCUUUGGCUACUUCGAGCACAGUGACUCUAAUACAAUGGCUUUGCUCAAAAAGUGGGACCUUGACAGCAGGGACGAAGAUGAGAACACCCAGGGUAUGUCAACUACAGUCCUGGAGACAGUUAAAGAAUAUUUUGAUCGAAUGCCUCCCCGUCCGAUAUUGGAUUUUCUGAUGCAGUAUUUCGUUGAUGAUUUGAACUGGAUGAAACAAAUCAUCCACCCACCCAGCUUUCUGACACACUAUCAGCAAUGGUGGGCCAAGAAAUGGCCUCUUUCUGUGGAGGAAAUUGAAUUUGCCGCUCUGAUACUUCGGAUUGGUGCCUAUUCGGCACAUUUCCUGCCUUCUCCGUCCCACACUUCUGAUCGGAUUCAUGGGCAGCCACUCUCGGAAGUUCGUAACACCUGUAGUGACAUUGCUGAUGAGCUUGCCAGAGCAUGCCUGGCUUUGGACUGGAAAGGAUCUCUAGUCCGAGUUCAGCACGUUUUAUUCGCCUCUCUCAGAUUCUCCUGUGAAGGGAGGACUGAUAAAUUUUGGGAAGGCAUUGCCUCUGCUUGUAGUGCAGCGCAGAAGGCAGGUAUUCACACGGUCGCACCUGUGCCAGGGGAGGAUAGUUCUCAAGUAUUAGAGAAGGAGAUGCGCCGGAGAACGUUAUGCGGGCUGUAUGUUCUGGACAGCCAUCUGGCCCGACAGCUUGACCGGGUCCCAAUUUUCCCCGACAACCUAGUUUUAGAGACAUUACCCCGAUUACGCCUUGCCCCGGACAUCAUCGACUUGUCUACGCCUGCGGACACACCUGAAAUCUUCACCGAGCGUCUCAUGCAGGUCCGGUUGGGAAUGUUUUGGAGAAGCUUGGGUUCCAAACGGAACCUACCAUAUGACCCUAUUCAAGGCGAAGAGCGGUAUGAACGAUUCUGUGCGGACUAUAUCCCAACCUUACCCCCGGAAUUUGCACUCAAUCCGGAUCGGAGGUGGGAUGUCCAACUUUCUAAGUUGCCCAUGCAGAGACAGCUGCUCUACAUCGCUAUCUUCGAUUCCGUUUGUUGGAACUUUCGCCCCCUCCUGUUGCUGCAACCCAGCCAAGUCACCAGUUUACCCCCUUAUAAACAAGUUCUUCUCCGGUCCCAAAAGCACAGGCUGGCUCUAGCUGCUCUCGAGGAGCUACAUGCUGUCACCACUCUGCAUACCAUGUUCGGAAGCUCCCACACGCGUUUUAGCGCCAUCAUAUUCAACACGUUCGAAGCUGCAGUUGUUCUUCUUGUACUUUGUGCACAUAAAGACUUCCCCUUUGAUCAAGGCGAAAGACAUGUCAAUAUUCUCGGUUUGAGAGUGGCCACCCUGACUCGGGCGAGAACGAUGCGGGCAGUUGAGAAGGCUUUGGGACGACUUCAGAUGCUGGCUGGGGUCAGUGAGAUGGCUGCCUCUGGAGCACAGGUUGUGACGGAGCUGUUUUCGAAGGCUGUCAGACUUGAGCAACUCCAAGAGCCAGACACCACCACUGAGUCAAACCAGAGCUCUUUAUCCCCGCGUAUAUCUUCGAACUUCCCCAACGUAGACAGGGGCUCUGGGCUCUGGAUGUCUCCAGGGGAGUGGAAUCUGACGUCGAUGCCAGAUAUGGUGUCCACCAUAGGUUAUGGUGACUCAUACUCAAUUCUGCAAUUUCCUUCUCUUGACCCCACAUGUUGGAAUAGCAAUUUUCACAACUAG